CUGGGACAGACAGGGCGGAAGUGGAGGUCAAGAGUAAAAAAAAAAGGCAACAAAUAUGUCCGCGGCUUGCCUGACGUCCUUGAGCCGCUGUGGUGUUUCGGCACUCCGCUCCUCAGCUGGCCUGGUGGCAGUACGGUAUGCACAGACAGCAGCUGCUCCAGCAGCACAACCCAGGAUUAAGAAGUUCCAGGUGUACAGAUGGGACCCAGACACUCCUGGAGACAAACCUCGCAUGCAGACCUUUGAGAUUGACCUAAACACAUGUGGUCCAAUGGUCCUUGAUGCCCUGAUUAAAAUAAAAAAUGAGAUGGACCCCACGCUGACUUUCCGCCGCUCCUGCAGAGAAGGGAUUUGUGGAUCCUGCGCCAUGAACAUCAACGGUGGAAACACGUUGGCCUGCCUCAACAAGAUCGACACAAACACCAGCAAAGCCACCAAGAUCUACCCGCUUCCACACAUGUAUGUGGUCAAAGACCUGGUGCCGGACAUGAGCAACUUCUACGCCCAGUACAAGUCCAUUGAGCCGUACCUGAAGAAGAAGGACGAGUCCCAGGAGGGCAAGGAGCAGUACUUGCAGUCUGUGGAGGACAGACAGAAACUGGACGGCCUUUACGAGUGCAUCCUGUGCGCCUGCUGCAGCACCAGCUGUCCCAGCUACUGGUGGAACGGAGACAAAUACCUGGGACCUGCCGUGCUCAUGCAGGCGUAUCGUUGGAUGAUCGACUCGCGGGACGAGUUCACGGAGGAGCGUCUGUCCAAGCUGCAGGACCCCUUCUCUCUGUAUCGCUGCCACACCAUCAUGAACUGCACCAAGACCUGUCCCAAAGGUCUGAACCCAGGGAAAGCCAUAGCACAGAUCAAGAAGAUGAUGGCCACCUACAAGGAGAAGACGGCAGCUGCUGUUUGACAUCUAUUAUAAUUACAUGAUAUAUUCAUUUUAAAUCAUGAGUAUUCAGCUCUGAUGGACUUGUCACCUCACACACACUAUUGUAUACUAUGUAUGUGUGGAGCACUUGCACAUGUACAAAAUGAAUGGUGUGUAGUGUACCAUAACAUGUUUUUUUUUUGCAGUGUAUUAAAAAGGGUGUUUUCCUGUGUAA